GUGACGUCAGUAGGGCGGGGCAUCCGGCCGGCGUGGAGCUGACGGCGGCUGCGCGGACAGGCCCCGGAUGGCGCCGCGUCGCUGUUUAUUUUGAACCGUCCCCCGGCGGCGGCGGCGGACUGGGUCAGGCCCGGGCUUAGGCUCUCGGCUCGGCAGGUGUGUGAGUGCAUCGGUUUCUAGACUCGGAGCCCUUGGUGUUUUGGAUGUUUCUCUCAGCACCUUGUCUCUGCAAAAGCCAUGCCCCCAGUAACUAAAGACUGAAAGCAGCUGUGAUUCGAAAGGGAGCUGUGGGAAUGGCUGGACACUUCCGCAGCUAUGUGUGGGAUCCCAUUCUCAUUGUGUCUCAGAUCAUCCUAAUGCAGUGCAUCUACUACAGCUUCUUGGGCAUCUGGUUGGCCAUGGUGGAUAGCCUUGUACAGAACAGUCGUUCACUCGAUCAAAUAUUUAGUUAUGAGGUGUUGGGGUUUUCCACAGGUCAGGGGAGACUCUCGAUGAUGGCCUUUGUCCUCAAUUCACUCACGUGCGCACUUGGCUUGUGGUAUUUUAUCCGGAGAGGAAAGCAGUGUUUGGAUUUCACCGUGACUGUCCAUAUCUUCCACUUUAUGGGCUGUUGGAUCUACAAUUUGCACUUUCCCACGGCGCUGAGCUGGUGGCUGGUGAACAUUGUGUGCAUUGCCCUGAUGGCUGUGAUAGGGGAGUACCUGUGCAUGCGGACAGAGCUGAGAGCCAUUCCUGUGAACGCUGGGCCCAAAUCCAGCCUGUGAACACAACCUCUCGGAUUUGUCCAGUCACAGCUGAAACUGCUGCAGCAACCAGUGUUAAAAUGGAUGUUGACAACUAUUUCCAUGUUAGCAAGAUUCUGCGCACAGAAUAAAGAUAUUUAAUUUUUUGGCCAUAUAUAAUCCUGCUGCAAAAAAGUGAAAAUGGAUUGUGUACUACUUUGUUUUUAUCAAAGCCUUUCUACGCAUGUAACUUUCUGGAUUUCGGUGGACGGAGUUGGUGACUGAGUUCACAAGUAAGGGGCAUGCACAGUUGUGUAAACCGGUCUAGGUGUGGAUUCACUGGGAUGCUGAGAAUGUAGUGUGCUGCUUUUACAUCUUGAGAGAUUGGUAAUGAGAACACCACAUACAAAAUUGUUCCAAAAUUCAUCACUGAUUUUUGUUUUCUCUGAUCCAAAUGCCCUUUUGCGUUUGUUGUUGAACCUGUAUACAGACUGAGUAUUUGCAAACUAGAAACCUGUGUCUCAAAUAAUCCAUUCAUUAAGGAGUGCUGAGUCUGUCAUCAACUGAACCCUGGGAUCUGUUGUAACACUGGAUGUGUCUGGCAUUGCAUAGAUAAGCAAAAAUUAAGCACCUCUUGUUUUGAUAUUGACAUGUAUCUCCUGAUUGGUGAAAAAUAGUUUUAAUUAAAUGGUAAAAGCACUUUGAAACUAAAGGCUGGUCCUGGAUUUGGGGACUGUUACCUAUGCACAGUCCAGACUCUAGUGCCAUGUUUAAUUGGCAUGGUAUACAGCUUGAUCUCUAUUUUGUUUAAAAGAUUAAAAGACAAUGAGGAAUAAAUCUAUUGCAGUGCUU